AGGGCGCAGUUUUUGAAACUGUGCGUGAACAUGGUGCAGCAUGUGACCAUGAGCUCCAUGAACGCGGUCGUUCCAGCGCUCAUGAAGCUGCUAAGGGAGGACCCACAGCAGUUCCUGGCCAGUCCAGAGACGCACUGCCUUUCAGAUUUGGAGACAGCCGGCACAUCACUCAGAUGCAAGGAAGAGGGACAGCACGUCGCAGUGCUCGAUAACACCAUGCUGAUGAACGUGGAUCCAAAAGGGAGCAGUGGUCAUACUCAGGAAGUGACAACACCUGACUCCCACCCCUCUGCUGUGGAGAGGUCCCAUCAGAUGUCAUUACUAGAUCACUUUGGUAUCACAGAGGAAGGCAUCAAACAGAGCGUCCAGGCAACCUUAAAGGAGCUGAACGUGGUGGGCUGCCGGGCAGUCAGUGAAGAGUUGACCCACUCCAUCGUAAUGGAAGCUGUCGCAUGGGUGAACACUACUCUAGCUGAGUUCAAAAAGACCGCCUCCAGUGCACCAAAGAGCUCAGCCCCUCAUGAGAUCUUCAACGCCGAGGAGUUUGUCGAGAAGAUCAGCAUGAAGCUGGAAAGUCAGAAAAGUGCAGAGGACGCAAGGCAGUGCCUUCUCUGCUGGAAGAGGUGUUCUGCUGUAUGCCCCUCUGAGGAAGACCUGGACUCAGCUCUGUCCUCAACCGUGGGUGACUCAAUGGCACUCACCAUUGGCACUAUGGAGUCGAGCUCGAGUCUGAAAAGUGCAGAGGACGCAAGGCAGUGCCUUCUCUGCUGGAAGAGGUAUUCUGCUAUGUGCCCGUCUGAGGAAGACCUGGACUCAGCUCUGUCCUUAACUGUGGGUGACUCAAUGGCACUAAUCAUUGAUACUAUUGAGUCGAGCUUGAAUGAGCAGGACGAUGAUGACUGUAUGAACAAACCUGCCAAAAGCCUGUUGUCGUCUAUAAGGCAGGCUGUGAAAGCUUUUGCAUGCCAGAGUGCGUCUCUUUCUGAAGUUUCAUUUUAUGACGAAGACAUACAGGGAGAUCAUCUUGAGUUUAUUUCACAAGUAACACUGGGCAGUCAGACUCAAUCGAAUCAACUAGGAAUGCAAGCUUUUUCCUUCUAUGAUUUCCGUCUGAAGGCCAAGAAGGCUGUGAGCAGUGUGCUAGGCAUUAAAAUGAAGGAUUUUGCCUCUGUUUCCUCAAGUCACAUGCCUGUCUCUACCACUGAUACCCCUGCCUCUGUAGACACCCCAAGAAGUAUAACUGAGCUUUCACCUGAACUCUAUUGGAAACCUGUUGAGGAGGCUGCCUCGCUGGUCAUUGAGACCUUUGUGGAAGAGAUGAAGGCAAUCGCACAGACAGCAGAAUGUGUGGAUGAAAACGAUGAAACAGCAGUUGUGAUUCAGCCUGAUGAUGCCUCAGGUAUCGAGAAGACGGCGCCUAAUGCUGAGAAGAACUCAGCCCUGUUGGCAGCUAAAAAAAUCUUUGGUAAUGUCCAGAAAACACUGGAGGACUUCUUUAUACAAUUACCCUCUAAGCUGCACCUGCACCAAGCUACGUCUGCCCCAAGCAGUGACAAAGUGUCUGACCAAAAUCCUCAGGAGCCAGGUGAAGAUCCUACCCAGGACUUCACUCAAACAGCUAGCUGUUGCAAUGAGCAGAUACCUCAGGUCCGAACAGUUAGCCAUCUGCAACUCCACCAGGUACAAAGUGAAGCAACACAGUCUGGUCACAUUGCUCUGAGUCAACCUGAGCUAGACACCUGCACAUGCAAUGUGCUACAAGGAGUGAUAGCAUCUUACCAUCAGCAGAAAGAGGUUGCUCAGCCACAGGAUACGUCACUCGAUCCAACAACAACAACGCCCGAUGAUUACGUACAGAAUGUAAUCUCCCAGCUGAGUGAUAUCACCUCUUCCUCAGUUGAGGACUUGCUCUCCAUUGUGUGCCUUCAGAAUCUGUCAAGCUCCGCAUUUCAGAGGAAUGCUUUUGACGCUGUUGUGGACGUGCUCGUCACGUCAGUCAAGAGCAACAACACUCUCCGGUCUUUUGUGUCUAGUGACAACAUAGAAGAAUAUGCCAAGCCAGAAAAUGACAAGUGCUCCUCCUCUCGGCAAGUGCCACAGGAGGCAGAGAUUAAAAAUGCAGAUGCCGCUGCCUCGGAAAUUGUUGACCAGUUUGAGAGAGACCUGCUUGAGUGCAUUGAGUCGCUCCAGUCCCUCAGAAUAUCAAGCCAAAGUGACAUGGGCUCAAUGGAACCCCUGGGAACUCUGGGUAGUGCACAGCAAAUCCCUAAGCAAGAGUUUGCCUUUGCUGCUGCAAAACUAUAUCACAACGUGCAGGUUAAGGUGAGAGAGUUUUUUGCCCGGUUGUCCUUUCAGAAGAAACAGCCCUAUACACGUUUGGAGGAAAUGUCUUCAAAUUAUGACCUAUCAAUAGGCAAUGCUGCCAGAUCUAGCUCUUUGGAUGUCACUUGGGUUACACCUGAGACAACUGACCUGGAAGACUGCACUUGUGAAGUGAUGGGAGAGCUUGUUAUGUCUGUUAAAGAGCAAAUAGCAGAAGACCAGAUGUCUUGUACUGAAGGAGAGACACCAACAGCAGGGAGUUACCUGGCAGGGAACAUCAUGCUGGAAAUCGAAAACAACUUUGUGAGUUCAGCCAGCAAACGAUGUUGUGCUGAAUUAGUUCUUUCAAUAAGUGAAAUAAUGCAGAAACUCUCAAGUGAGGACAUUCAGACAAAAGCAGUGAAACAAGUGAGCCAGGUUUUACUCAAUGCAGCCAAAAGCAGUGGAACAGCCUCUUCCCUGCCAACAGAGUCAACUGCAUCUGAUCUCGUUGGCACUGUCAUUGAAGGCAUUCAGACUCUGUUUCAGUCAACAUCAUGCGAUGCAAUGGAUAACACCAUUUCUGAUAGAGAAGGGAAAAGCAAGGGAGGUUCAUCUGUUUUGCUUGACAAGUCUCAGGUUGGGAUGGAGGCCUCUAAGGUUAAAAUCUGGUCAGCCACGAGAGAGAUGUUUAAAAGCCUACAGAGGAUGGUGAAAGAUUUUAUCACCAAUUCCCAGCUGCAUGAAUCUAAAGUCGAAGAGAAGGUAUGUGCAAAACAAGCCAUUAGCAAUGUUCUCGUUUGCAUUCAAGAAGAAGCUCCAAAUUCUGGAAUGUGGGAACAUGAUUCUGAGUAUCUCCAGCUGUUCCAUAACACGAUAAACACAAUGCUACAAAGUCUGGGAGAUGUGGACGUGCAGAGGCCUACUUCAGCUUCCUCCUUUGUUUCAAAGGGAAAGCUCUCACCUUUGCCUCAAGAGUCUUUACCUUGGGUUGUGCUCACCUCUUCUGAGAUGCCUUCCGAAUGCCCUUUCCCUAACAUCGACAUUGAUGACGAAUGUCUUGCUGGUGUCACUCGGGAUACCAUGGUUGACGUCGUGAAAGUCAUACUGGAAAAAGUUGAUGACGGGGAGACUUCUUUGUCAUAUGCCCAAGGUCUUACCUCGGUUGCACGAAGCCUUGAGAGAUCGUUGUCCAGCGGCAGUGUCAACUCAUCUUCUCGUGACCUCAUCGAUCAGAUCUAUGGUCUUUUUAUGAGGAGCAACAGCUCAACUCCGAGACAGUGUCUCUCAGACUCUGCGCUUUUGAAGCAGGGGCAGGAAAAAACAUCAGGGAUGCCUACUGCCUCUGAAAUACUUCAACUUUACAUUGAGGAGAGUGUCAGACAUCUUUUUCUCCCCUGUUUCAAACUUCCCUCCCCUUGGGGUGGUGUUAAAGGAGGCUCACAGCAACAAACGCAGACCUCAAUCUCUUGUCCAAGCAGCCUAACUGAUGUAGCAUCAGAUGCUCAGGGCAAAAUGGCCGCUCGGAAGUCCCCAUCACAAAUCCUGAGUGACACGGUGGGCCUUGUCGUUGACAUGAUGAUGAAGGAGGUGAUGAGUGGUUUGACUCGGGCACUGAGCCCAUACAGUGACCUGGAGGCUGUUGAGGAAACAUUGUGUCCAUCAAAUGUGGCGCCAACCAAAAGCUUCAGUUCAAAGCUUGCAGAGUCACAGAUGAGUGCUGAGGCCAAUGAUGGUGUCCAAAUCACCCCAUGGCCAAAGGCCUUUCCCUUGGCCACAGAUGACUACACCGGCCUUGUGACCCUACUGGUCAUUCAACUGUUGACAAAGAUAAACUAUGGAUGGUUCGCCUUUGACAUGGUCAACAAAGCCGGGGAACUCAUAGACAAGGUUGUCGCUGCGUUCAAUGCCUCUUCUGGCAUUUCAGCAACAGAACCCUACCCUGAGGACAUCAGAGAGCACAGGAUCUACAGGGCUGUCUACAGUGAUCUCCUCACCGAGUUUGGGUCUGAAACGGAUCUCCUGAAAGCCAUGGAAUCCAACCGCCCAUCGUUUCAGACAUCCAUAGUCACAUCACUUACUAAGGAGCUUCUACAGAUAUGUGACACACAACUUGAGGUUGGCUCAACUGAUCUAAGUGUCCAGCAGCCAAAGAAGGGAAAAGGAGACAGAGGGAUCCUCCAGAAGCUCAACAUUAGUGGGAAGAAUGUCCCAUCACACAGCAGAAAACAGUGGCAUUCCUCCAACAAGGAUCAGAGCACUCCCUCUGCUCUCAUAGAUUCAGUUUCAGCCAUUAUGUCUACAGCCAGUGAAACCCCAUUGAUUGAGCAACCAUCUAGACACUCACGCAGAGAUGCCCGCAAACGUCGUUUCAUCAAAAUAUUUUCUGUCCUGAGAGGCAAGACAUCUUACAGAUAAACCAUGGUACAAAUAAACCAAGUAUUCAUUUCA